AUGGAUUUACGAUUUUCGCCAUUUCUUAUGAAAUUACGAUUUCGCCAUUUUCUCGCUACAUCACAUCACAUUGAGCCAUGCUCACUCAAUUGCAUUUGCAACCAUUUGUGCCGACCUGCAUACGCACGUGGCAGCUGCCAAUCAAGCGCCGGCCGCAUAGAUUAUGGGUCGGCACGUGAGAUGAUUCAACCUGGUCCUGCAGGCUCUCCAUUUAGGGUUUAUUAUAUCUGGCUUUCACAACCAUUUUUUUGCAGUAUCUCAACGCUUGAUAUAAUGACGUCGCAGACGGAUGCUAUAUCUCACGUUGUGAACAAGGUAUGGGGACCGGUGUUUGUGACCCAACCUGCAAAGUCGGUUCCUUCUGCUUUUUCCAAAUAUUUUCCAAAAGCCAACUUUUUGAUUUCUGCUAAUGACCCAUUUGCAGCGGUUGCAGAUUCGGUUUCGUCCGAAGGUGACGAGGAAGAGCUUACCACGGUAACUACGGAUGGCGUGACGCUUUUCAAAAAUCUCCCAUUUUUUUCGUCAUCAGUCUUCUCUUCCUCCAAAAUCGUGGUCCAUGUGGAGAUUGCUAACUUUGACUUUUCUCUUGUCACGGCACUCCGUGAUUUGGAGUUCCCAGUGUUGGUGUCGCAGAACGCUGCUGAGAGUCUUCUGUUCUCCAAAACUGCCUACAAUUUGGCUUCAAAACUCAACAAAACAGUGUUCCAUUUCUUUGCACCUUCGCAGUACAAGACCAACGAGUCGGUCAAGUUGACGAACGACGAUAUUUUUGUAAACUUGGACUCGUCCGAUGUGUUGGAGAUUGCCGCAGCUUGUGACGUGAAGCCAUUUGAGGCCGCCAACAAGGUUUCCAAGCCAAAAGAUGCCAUUCUCUUCUUGGGACAGCUCAAUGACGAACUCAUAUCUGCCGCUACCAAAAACAAUGCAUUGAUAAUAUCGAUCAAGAUCUACAAGCCAUUUGACUUGCAGCAGUUGCUCUCAACGGUUCCCUCUUCAGUCGAGACGUUAUCUGUGGUCAUCCAGUCAACUACGUCUUCGUCAUAUUCUCCUUUGCUUCUUGACUUUUUCCAGGAGUACUCCAAGUUUCAGCCAAUCAAAAACUUCACAAAGAUCGUCACCGCCACCUUGGGCUACCUCACAAGUGAUAAAUACGACCAGGCAGUAGACAACUUGAUCAAAAAUGUCCAAUCAUCGAGCCCUGUCCAAGGAUUGGCAUUUGGCAAGCUCAACACAGAAUUGACCACCAAGUCUUCCAAGCAGCGUUCAGAAGAACACUCGAAAUCUGUUAAGGACGCUAUUCAAUUGGAACAGGCAUACUUGAAGGUCUUGCAACAAGUAAACGACUCGAACAUGAACGUCUUGAAUGAAUUCAAUGCUAAGGACAUCGGACAGCUGAACCCUGAGUUUGGAUUCGGGUUAUUUAUUUCGACCCAGGAAAAGUUAGCUGCUCUUACAGAACUCAUACAAUCUGCUGUGCGUAGGAACAGCUUCAAGUCGUUGGACAACAAUAAGUUAGUCGACUUGUUAUCCAAGUGGUUGAUUGCACAACGUGAUGGUUCAUCAAACACCGCUGCUUUGGCAUCAGAGAUAAUUCCAUUGCUCGAGUCAGACAGUUCAGAUUACGCAGCCAAGAUUUUGGAAAACAAAGAGUAUCUUUCUCUCAAAUCCAACUGGUUGAUUGGCUCGGACUCGUGGUCCUACGAUCUCGGUUCAUCUGGUGUGCACAACUUGAUAAGUUCAGGUAAGAAUAUCAACAUGUUGGUCAUUGACUCGGAACCAUACCAAGAGAAGAGCCAAGGUAAAACACUCAAUGGUUUCAGAAAGAAGGACGUUGGUUUAUACGCCAUGAACUAUGGUGGCUGUUAUGUUGCUUCCGUUGCCAUUUACUCCUCUUAUACCCAAGUUAUCCAAGCGUUCAUUGAGGCUGAAAAGUUUAACGGUCCUUCUAUUGUGUUGGCUUACUUGCCGUACAACAGUGAGGCAGAUGACACCUUGACCAUUUUGCAAGAAACCAAGAAGGCAGUUGACACUGGAUAUUGGCCAUUGUACAGGUACGAUCCCGAAGACAAGAAAGAAGCGUUCAAAUUGGACUCGUCCAACUUGAGAAACCAAUUGAGAGAAUUCUUGGAUCGUGAGAAUCGUUUAAGUUUAUUGACUGCCAAGGAUCCUCUUUUGUCAAGAAACUUGACAUCCAAUGCUAACACGGAGUCUCGCAAACACCAAGAAAAGGUUGCUGACGAGUCGUUUGCCAAGCUUCUUCAUGGCUUGCUGGGUCCUCCAUUAACCGUUGCUUUUGCGUCUGAUGGUGGUAAUGCCGAGAGCGUUGCAAAGAAGAUUAACAGACAAGCCAUUGGCAGAGGAUUGAAGUCCAUUGUGUUGGCUAUGGACGACUUGUCGAUCGAAGACUUGCCUGUCGAGACCAAUAUUGUGUUCAUUACUUCUACCUCCGGACAGGGUGAAUUCCCCACCAACGGUAAGAUGUUCUGGGAUGCCUUAAAAGGUGCCAAUGAUAUCGAUUUAUCUGGUAUCAAGUUCUCCGUUUUCGGGUUGGGAGAUUCCGAAUAUUGGCCCAGAAAGGAAGACAAGCACUACUACAACAAGCCUGCCAAAGACUUGCAUGCCAAGUUGGUUUUCUAUGGCGGUGUAGAGCUUGUUGAACUUGGCUUAGGAGAUGACCAGGACGCUGAUGGCUACAAUACUGGUUUCAAAGAAUGGGAGCAAAAGUUGUGGAAGGCUUUAGGAGUUGACAAUGUGGAGGGAGUUGAAGAACCAAAGCCCUUAACCAACGAAGACAUGAAGAUCGGAUCGAACUUCCUUCGUGGAACCAUCGCCGAGGGUUUGCAAGAUCAAUCUACUGGAGCCAUCAGUGCAGUUGACCAGCAGUUGACCAAGUUCCACGGUAUUUACAUGCAAGACGAUAGGGACAUCAGAGACGAGAGGAAAGCUCAAGGUAAAGAACCUGCUUAUGCCUUUAUGGUUCGUCUUAGAUUACCAGGAGGCUCGGCUACUCCUCAACAGUACAUCAAGUUGGACGAUUUGGCCGAUGAGAGAGGUAACGGAACCUUAAAAUUGACUACAAGAGCCACCUUCCAAUUGCAUGGUAUAGUGAAGCAUAACUUGAAGCCUGCCAUUCGUGGCAUGAACUCUGCGUUGUUGGACACUUUGGCUGCUUGUGGUGAUGUUAACAGAAAUGUGAUGGUUUCUGCUAUUCCCCACAAUGCCAAGGUCCACUCUCAAAUCUCAGAGGUUGGUGCCCUUAUUUCUGAUCACUUGUUACCCCAGACCACAGCAUACCAUGAGAUCUGGCUUGAGGGAGAAGAUGAAGGAGAUAAACCAGGCGAUAGUGCUGCUUGGGAAAAGAGAGAAAAAGGACCCAAAAAGAAAAAGACUUUGGUUUCUGGAAAUGCUUUGGUGGAUGUAGAACCAUUGUACGGUCCAACCUAUUUGCCCAGAAAAUUCAAGGUUGUCAUCACCGUUCCACCUUACAACGAUGUCGAUGUCUAUGCUCAUGACAUUGGUUUGAUUGCGAUUUUGGAAGGUAAUGUGGUUGUUGGAUUCAACGUGUUAGCUGGUGGUGGUAUGGGAUCGACUCACAACAACAAGAAGACUUACCCUAGAACCGGUUCUAUGUUAGGAUAUGUGUCGAAGGAAGAAGUUCACAUAGCCUGCGAGAAGAUCAUGUUGGUACAGAGAGACAACGGUGAUAGAACAAACAGAAAGCAUGCCAGAUUGAAAUACACCAUUGACGACAUGGGCGUGGAUGUGUUCCGUGGAAAGGUUGAGGAGCUUCUUGGACACAAGUUUGAGGAAGCCAGACCAUUUGAGAUCAAGCUGAACAUUGAUUAUUUCGGAUGGACCAAGGAUGAAACCGGAUUGAAUCAUUUCACUGCUUUCAUCGAAAACGGAAGAAUCGAAGAUACUCCAGACCACCCCCAGAAGACUGGUUUGCGUAAGAUAGCCGAAUACUUGAGUGAUGGAAAAUCUGGAGAGUUCAGAUUGACAGGAAACCAACACAUGCUUCUCUCCAAGAUCGAAGACCAGGAUUUGGAAACGGUGAAAUCUUUAUUGGCCAAGUACAAAUUAGACAACACCGACUUCUCAGGCUUGAGAUUGUCGUCUGCUGCCUGUGUUGCAUUCCCAACCUGUGGAUUGGCCAUGGCAGAGUCCGAGAGAUACUUACCUGAGCUUAUCAGCAAAUUGGAAGAAGCAUUGGAAGAAUAUGGUCUUCGUCACGAUUCCGUUGUUAUGAGAAUGACUGGAUGUCCUAACGGAUGUGCUAGACCUUGGGUUGCUGAAGUCGCUCUUGUUGGAAAAGCUUACGGUGCCUACAACUUGAUGUUGGGAGGAGGACAUCAUGGACAGAGAUUGAACAAGAUCUACAGAUACUCCAUCAAGGAGGAUGAGAUCUUGGACAUUUUGAAACCAUUGUUCAAAAAAUGGAGUCUUGAAAGGAAUGAAAACGAGCCUUUCGGUGACUUCUGUAUUAGAACCGGUGUUAUCAAGGAAACUACCGAGGGUAAGUAUUUCCACGAUGAUAUACCCGAAGACGCAUAA